UUAAUUAAGCCAUAGACUUGUUAUAGAAUACAUAGCUUUGGUCUCACUACCAUGUUGUCGUAUUUUAUAAUAUGGUCUCUUGUACUACUUGAUCUAACAUGCUCCGAGCCAAUGGGGGGUUUGGAAGGCAAUGUUGAGAUUGAGUUAAAAAGAUCCAAACGACUUUCCAAAGACUCCACAUGUUCAGCUCUUUGGCCACAAUGCAUCUGCCGCAGUCGAAAGCAUAAGGAACAAAGUUUAGUAUGCUUAAAGAAAGAUUGCUUAGAAAAGCUUCCGGCGGAUGAAAUACCAGAUUCACAUAUCAGAGAAGUCGUAAGCUUGCUUGUAGUAAGGCAAAGAAAUCUGACACGGAUCGGUUCCGAAGAAUUACGGCGACUCGGUAAUAUACGUCAUAUAAGAAUAUUUCGAUGUAGUAUACGUGAAGUUGCUAAUAAUGCAUUCAUCGGACUCAAUCACGUUGAAAGGCUAGACCUUCAUCACAAUGAACUGACAGAAGUUCCUAAAGCAAUCCAGUACCUGAGAAAUCUGAAGUUUUUAAACUUGGGAGGAAACCGUAUUUCAUAUAUUCACCAGACAGCCUUUUAUUCAAAUAGUGUUCUUGAAAAGUUGGUUUUAAGUCGAAAUACUUUGACAAAUAUGCCGGAUAUGUUACCACCGACGUUAAUCAAACUUAGCAUCUCAAAGAACAUGAUAGAAAACGUCGGCGAUCUGCGAACUCUGAUAAACCUGAAAAUUUUCAAGGCGGACGACAACAAAUUAAGUGAACUCCCGACCUUGCCGAGUUCCGUGAAGGUUGUGAAUAUGUGCUGGAACAAAAUCGCACGGCCGAUAUCGCUAAAAAAUCUUCCAAAUUUAAAGGCGGUCAGCAUGAGCAAUAAUCCAGAUAUCGGAAAUAUUACGAUUUCGACAUUCUUUGAUAUGAAUUCAAGGUCGCGGUCAUCAAAUCUAACAACAUUUAAAGCGAGAAAUGCAGGAAUAAGGAGUAUCGCAGCUGAUGCAUUUUCAUGUUUGCGGCGUUUACAACAUGUCGAUAUUUCCUACAAUUCGAUUUCAACUUAUCAACCUCGCUGGUUUACUAGGAAUAAAGGCCUGAGAGGUGUUUAUUUAACAAGAAACCCAUGGAGUUGCAAUUGCGAUAUCAAGUCAAAUUUAUUGGAUAUAUUGAACACGUUCACCGCUCGAAGAACUCUAAAGAAUCCCCGAAACGAAUCAUUUUUCAUAAACGAUUUUCUUAACGAGACAUGCUCAACAAAAGGUGGUUCAAGCUGUGAAAAGUUCAGACUGGAGAAUGAAGAAUGCAUGAGACCUGAACCACCCCCGGGUGAUAUUGUGGAUUUGCCAAUUUCUCACCAAGUUUCGCUUGACACAAUAACGACCGCACGUAAAGUACCAAUAACCAAUACGACGACAACAACAAGUACGACUACGACAACAAGUACGGCUUCAACUACAAAGCGAUUAAUUACAAGCGCAAAAACUACAAUUUCGGGACCGACUCCGCUUCUCAAACAUACUACGACUGACAGACUCAGAACAACAAAGACUGCUAAUAGUAUACCACAUAACUCGACUAGAACAACAACAACAACCACUGCGGCAACUCCGACCGAGAUUCAAACAACUACAAGAAAACCUUCUACGACCACAACGCAAACAACCAGUAAUGUACCAGCUACAACAACUAGCAUACGAAUCACAACUACGUCGGAGGCAAGCUCAAUUACUACAACUUCUAAGGUAGUGGUUCCUUCACUGAAUACAAUUAAAGUAUCUACGGCUACCACAACAACACGAACUACCACAACAACACCAUCAGAAGAAUGGUGUCUGAGAGACGGAAGAAAAUGUCAUUUUCCGUUUAUAUACAAGGGUAAAGAAUAUUACGAGUGUGUCCCGUCUUAUAGACCAUGGUGUUCGCCAACACGGGAUUAUGAUACUGAUGGCGAAUGGGACAGAUGCGUCAUAUGCGAAUGAAAGCAUUACAGUGCAUAGCGCUAUGCAUCGUCUCUAAGCGUCGUUGUAAACGUAUUACAUUUGAUAACAUCGAUGAUUUAUUUAAAUAUUUAUUGAAACACACCAAUAUCGAUCGUCUUCCUCUAUUCAUAUCACAUACUUGUUGACUAAAUGAAUUUAAUUAGUUCCAAUGACUCUUUAAGAGAUGUGGGUGAAAUGCUAUUGGUGUACCAAAUGAAUGAUGCAUUUUGAAUAAAUCCAAUACGCCCGGUCUGGUAUAUAUAUAUCUUUUGGCUCGUGUGGGUAAUGAUGCAUCAUAUUUAAGUUUUAUUUCAUAUUGGCCUGGUUGAGCAUAGGUGCCUCUCGUAUGGUAGACCUCUAACGUGUACCAAGAAAUGAAAUGUAAAGGUACAUGUUAGUUAAAAAGCUCACAUUCAUUGUCUUCCUUUAUUUAUAUUUUAGCCUUAUCUGUGUAAGAUUACUUAUUUUAUCUCACACAAUUAUCAGCAUUCUUGUUUUUAGUUUUGUCUAUGUAUUCGUAAUUAUUAAAAAAAAACUUAUAUCA